AUGGAUACAAGCAAUAAGUUCAAUGCUCUUGCAUUGUUAGUUCUACUUAGCAUUAGCUUCUGCCUUUCCUUCGCAAGGACCUUGAAGGAGGAUAGCAAGCCAAAAUCAAGUUCUGGCUACCACAUAGCUGAUAACGGCGACGAAGGAGAGGAUGACAGAAAUAAUUCUUAUGUCGCACGUCCCUUACCUUAUGGUGGUGGUGGAGAUGGCAGUGGAGAUGGUGGCAAUGGAUAUGGAGGUGGUGGUGGCGAUGGCGGAGGUGAUGGUGGCAGUGGAUAUGGCGGUGGCGAAGGCGGUGGCGAUGGCGGCGGUGGAUAUGGUGGUGGCGAUGGCGGUGUUGGAUAUGGCAGUGGCGAUGGUGGUGGUGGAUAUGGCGGUGGAGAUGGCGGUGGUGAUGGUGGUGGUGGGUAUGGUGGUGGCGAUGGCGGUGGUGAUGGUGGCGGUGGAUAUGGCGGUGGUGAUGGUGGUGGUGGGUAUGGUGGUGGCGAUGGCGGUGGUGAUGGUAGUGGUGGAUAUGGCGGUGGCGAUGGAGGUGGUUAUGGUGGCGGUGGAUAUGGCAGUGGCGACGGAGGAGACCGCCAUUAA